AUGUUUACAGAUGUUGAUAAAAUGGCUCUCUACAAUCUUGAUUACAUCAAUAGUAAAGCAGAUCUACCCAUUAAUCAAUACCUAGUUUUGACUGGAAAAAUCACUUCCAAUAAUUUACAACCGACCUUUUCAGAUAAAUCAGUCAGGGCUAUUCUAUCUACAAUUGUGCCUACAAUUAAAGAAAAGUAAAAAGAUGUUGGAGAUGGACUCAUGAUUAAUUUGGGAUAGGUAAUUACCUUUAAAAGAGAUCAUUUAAUAUCAUUUACUCUUGGAAAUGAUAACCACUAAUUAGAAGUAAAAUAUUUGCCAAAUCGAUCCCUUGUAUUAUAUAAUCUUCCAAAAAUGAGAGAGAAUAUAAUGAAAAGUGAAUUGUCAUAAAUUAAAAUAGCCAACCAACACGUUUUUCAAACUACAUAUACAGAAUUUGCAUUGCUACCAAAUUAAUAGUAUGGUGUUUGUGGCAAAUUAUAGCAGGAUGGUGUUUUUACUCCUUUGAUUAUUUUAGGAUCAUCUAAAGAAUCGUUUAUUGAUAGUCUAGAGGAGGAAUUAUUAAAAAUAAAUAAGGCAGCCAAAUUUUGGUUAUUAUGUAGUGGAGGCAUCACAAUUGCAGCUGCUAUUUAUGCCAGGAUGUACAAAAGAUCAAGGAAACAUAAAGAAAACCAAUGAAAUUUCAAUGAACUUAUAAGUCAUAUUUGAAUUAUUUGUUU